AUGUCGAGCAACCAUGCACACCGUGACCACCACUUUUACGACCUCCCUAUGGGGGGCACGUUCGCGGAGAAGGCGACCAUAGCCUGCUUUACCGCGAUCGCAUGGUAUAACGUCAUGGAAUUGUUCGUCAUGUGCUUCACGACCUUCAGACGAUACAGCGGGCUGUACUUCUGGAGCCUCCUGGUCGCAACGACCUGCAUCCUCCCCUUCUCCGUCGCCUAUUUCCUGAUCGCAUUCGAGAUUUUUGUCCACUAUUUCACCGUCACCCUGGUGAUCAUUGGCUGGAUCGGCAUGGUCUGGGGCCAGUCGCUCGUCCUCUGGUCGCGUCUGCAUCUGAUGGUCCGCAGCCGCACGAUCCUCCGCGGCACACUGGCGAUGAUUAUUACCACCGCGAUCAUUUUCGGGCUCCCUGCUUCGGCCCUCGAGUACGCGGUAAACGCGAUCCACGCCGACAACGUCACCCUCGCGUUCAACAUCAUGGAGCGCAUCCAGUUGGUCGGCAUUUCCCUGCAGGAGGUCAUCCUCUCCGUCAUAUACGCGUGGCAAGCGUGUCGACUGCUGAAACUGGGGCCAAAAGAUCACUUCCGAGGGGUCUUGGUGCAGCUCCUGCUCGUCAACCUGCUGAUGAUCUCCCUGGAUGCAGCCGUCAUCGCGGUCCAGUUCGCCAACCUCUACACGAUCCAUGUCACGCUGAAGGCUAUGGCGUACAGCCUGAAGCUGAAGCUCGAAUACGCUAUCCUGGGGAAACUGGUGGACAUGUCCCGGAUGUUCUGUGACAAUAGCUUUUCGGACCCGGACGCGCCGCUGUGUGUUCGUGAAACGACCUUGGGUUCUGGAGCGUAUAGAUCUAUACACGGAAUAUUUUACAGAAAAGGAGUACGAAGCAUCUAG